AUGUGUUCUCUCGACUCUGCUCAGAACCUGACGGAUGCAUCAGAUGAAAUAGGACAGUCUGCAGUAUCUUGUGGCCGUUCAGGAAAACAGCUGAAGCGUUGUCACAGCAGUCAGCCAGGAAUGCUGCUGGACAGCUGGUCCCGCAUGGUGAAGAGUCUAAAUGUGUCGUCCUCGGUGAACCAGGCCUCUCGUCUGAUUGAUGGCAGCGAGCCCUGCUGGCAGUCAUCUGGGUCACAAGGAAAGCACUGGAUUCGUUUGGAGAUUUUCCCAGAUGUUCUUGUUCAUAGAUUAAAAAUGACAGUAGACCCCGCUGACAGUAGCUACAUGCCUUCCCUUGUUGUGGUAUCAGGCGGCAAUUCCCUAAAUAACCUAAUUGAACUGAGGACAAUCAAUAUUAACCCCACUGACACCACAGUGCCCCUUCUGAGUGACUGCACAGAGUACCACAGGUAUAUUGAAAUUGCAAUAAAGCAGUGCAGGAGCUCAGGAAUUGACUGUAAAAUCCAUGGUCUUAUCCUGUUGGGACGGAUCCGUGCAGAGGAGGAAGACUUGGCUGCAGUUCCUUUCUUAGCUUCAGAUAAUGAAGAGGAAGAAGAUGAUAAAGGCGGCAGUGGAAGCCUUGUUAGAAAGAAGGCUGCAGGAGUGGAAUCGGCAGCUACAGUAAGAACCAAAGUGUUUGUGUGGGGGCUGAAUGACAAGGACCAGCUGGGCGGGCUGAAAGGCUCCAAGAUAAAGGUUCCUUCUUUCUCUGAGACUCUGUCUGCCUUGAAUGUGGUACAGGUGGCUGGUGGUUCUAAAAGUUUGUUUGCAGUGACUGUGGAAGGGAAGGUAUAUGCCUGUGGAGAAGCCACUAAUGGCCGGCUGGGCCUGGGUAUGUCAAGCGGAACGGUGCCCAUCCCACGGCAGAUCACGGCUCUCAGCAGCUACGUGGUCAAGAAGGUGGCUGUUCACUCAGGUGGCCGGCAUGCUAUGGCUCUAACGGUUGAUGGGAAAGUGUUUUCAUGGGGUGAAGGUGACGAUGGAAAACUUGGACACUUCAGCAGAAUGAACUGUGACAAGCCAAGGCUGAUAGAGGCCCUGAAAACCAAGCGGAUCCGGGAUAUUGCUUGUGGGAGCUCGCACAGUGCAGCCCUCACAUCUAGCGGUGAACUGUACACCUGGGGCCUUGGAGAGUAUGGCCGGCUGGGACAUGGGGACAAUACAACACAGCUGAAGCCCAAAAUGGUGAAAGUCCUUCUUGGUCACAGAGUAAUCCAGGUUGCAUGUGGAAGUAGAGAUGCACAGACCCUGGCUCUGACCGAUGAAGGUUUGGUGUUUUCCUGGGGUGAUGGCGACUUCGGAAAAUUGGGCCGGGGAGGAAGUGAAGGCUGCAACAUUCCCCAGAACAUCGAGAGACUAAACGGGCAGGGUGUGUGCCAGAUUGAGUGUGGGGCCCAGUUCUCCCUGGCGCUCACUAAAUCGGGAGUGGUGUGGACGUGGGGGAAGGGGGACUACUUCCGGCUGGGCCACGGCUCUGAUGUGCAUGUGCGGAAGCCGCAGGUGGUGGAAGGGCUGAGAGGGAAGAAGAUUGUGCACGUGGCUGUUGGGGCCCUGCACUGCCUGGCAGUCACAGACUCAGGGCAGGUGUACGCUUGGGGUGACAAUGACCAUGGCCAGCAGGGCAAUGGCACGACCACGGUGAAUAGAAAGCCCACCCUUGUGCAAGGCUUAGAAGGCCAGAAGAUCACGCGAGUGGCCUGUGGAUCAUCACACAGCGUAGCGUGGACGACCGUUGAUAUGGCUACACCCUCUGUCCACGAACCUGUCCUCUUCCAGACUGCAAGGGACCCUUUAGGUGCUUCCUAUUUAGGUGUGCCUUCAGAUGCUGAUUCUUCUGCUGCCAGUAAUAAAAUAAGUGGUGCAAAUAAUUCUAAGCCAAAUCGCCCUUCUCUUGCCAAGAUUCUCCUGUCAUUGGAUGGAAACCUGGCCAAACAGCAGGCCUUAUCACAUGUCCUUACAGCUCUGCAAAUCAUGUAUGCCAGAGACGCGGUGGUGGGCGCCCUGAUGCCGGCUGGCAUGAUCGCCCCGGUGGAGUGUCCCUCCUUCUCCUCAGCACCCCCUUCCGACACGUCUGCCAUGGCCAGUCCCAUGAAUGGAGAGGAGUGCAUGCUGGCAAUUGAUCUUGAAGACCGACUGAGUCCAAAUCUCUGGCAAGAAAAGAGAGAGAUUGUCUCCUCUGAGGAUGCUGUGACCCCCUCCGCAGUGACCCCAUCUGCUCCCUCAGCCUCUUCUCGGCCAUUUAUUCCAGUGACGGAUGACCCAGGAGCUGCCAGCAUCAUUGCAGAAACCAUGACCAAAGCCAAAGAGGGUGCUGAAAGCCAAAACAAAGCUUCGGGCCCGGAGCCUCAGUCCUUGGAUGAAUUUACCAGCCUGCUUAUCGCAGAUGACACUCGCGUCAUGGUGGACCUGCUCAAGCUGUCUGUGUGCAGCCGGGCUGGAGACAGGGGCAGGGACGUGCUCUCUGCUGUGCUGUCCGGCAUGGGUGUUGCCUAUCCUCAGGUGGCAGAUAUGUUGUUGGAGCUUUGUGUCACUGAGUUGGAAGACGUUGCCACAGACUCACAAAGCGGCCGUCUUUCCUCUCAGCCCGUGGUGGUGGAGAGCACCCAUCCCUACACCGAUGACACUUCCACCAGCGGCACAGUGAAGAUACCAGGUGCAGAGGGACUCAGGGUGGAGUUUGACCGACAGUGCUCCACAGAGAGGCGCCACGACCCUCUCACUGUCAUGGAUGGUGUCAACAGGAUUGUCUCUGUGCGGUCAGGCCGAGAGUGGUCCGACUGGUCCAGUGAGCUCCGCAUCCCGGGGGAUGAGCUGAAGUGGAAGUUCAUCAGUGAUGGUUCUGUGAACGGCUGGGGCUGGCGCUUCACAGUCUACCCCAUCAUGCCAGCCGCAGGCCCUAAAGACCUCCUUUCUGACCGCUGCGUCCUCUCCUGUCCGUCCAUGGACUUGGUGACGUGUCUGCUAGACUUCCGCCUCAAUCUCACCUCCAACAGAAGCAUUGUCCCUCGCCUGGCAGCCUCGCUAGCAGCAUGCGCACAGUUGAGUGCCUUAGCUGCCAGUCACAGAAUGUGGGCCCUUCAAAGAUUGAGAAAGCUGCUUACAACUGAAUUUGGGCAAUCAAUUAACAUAAAUAGACUGCUUGGAGAAAAUGAUGGGGAAACAAGAGCUUUGAGUUUUACAGGCAGUGCUCUUGCUGCUUUGGUGAAAGGCCUUCCAGAAGCUUUGCAAAGGCAGUUUGAAUAUGAAGAUCCUAUUGUGAGAGGUGGCAAGCAGCUGCUGCACAGUCCGUUCUUUAAGGUGCUAGUAGCUCUUGCUUGUGACCUGGAACUGGACACUCUCCCUUGCUGUGCUGAGACACACAAGUGGGCUUGGUUUCGACGGUACUGCAUGGCCUCCCGUGUUGCUGUGGCCCUGGACAAAAGAACGCCAUUGCCCCGUCUGUUUCUUGAUGAG